AUGACUUCGACAACAAUUCAUGAUAAAUACGUUUUAAAUACCAUAUUUAAUCCAAAUUAUCCACUGGAUUUUAACAACGAUCAGCAACAACAACAUAUCGAUGAUGAAGAAGGUGUCGAAUUAGCCGAGAAGGGUAAAUAUGCAGAUGCCAUUGAUAAUUUCACACGUGCAAUUGAAUUAGCUCCCCAGUGGGCGUCUGGAUACAAUAAUCGGGCACAAGCGUAUCAAUUGCAAAGAAAUAUAGAUGGCGCAAUAAAUGAUUUAAAUAUGGCAGUUAGUUUAGCUUCAGUACAAUCAAACCAACAGAAAGUAUUAUGUUUAGCCUUGACACAACGCGGAAUAUUACAAAAAUAUUUAGGUAAAGAAGAUGAAUCUAUUGAAGAUUUUAAACAAGCAGCCGAAUUGGGAAGUGGAUUUGCUAAACAACAAGUAUUAUUAUUAAAUCCGUAUGCAGCUGCCUGUAAUCAAAUGUUGAGUGAAAUGCUUAAAAAACAACGACAAUGUGGAAACGAAACAGAGUGA